GUGGUGAAUGUUUUAUUCUACAACAAAAAACAAAUUUGUUUUUACUAGUGCUUGCACAUUUUAUCAAAAAUAGUUUGCAAAUUAAAUUUAUUUAAAUAAAAAUGUCACGGAAAGAAGCACUCUCGCAAUUCAUAAAUCAGAUACAUGGACGACCUGUGGUGGUUAAGCUAAAUAGUGGUGUGGAUUACCGCGGUGUUCUGGCUUGUCUGGAUGGUUACAUGAAUAUUGCGCUCGAUCAAACCGAGGAGUAUGUAAAUGGGCAGCUCAAAAAUAAGUAUGGCGAUGCAUUUAUACGCGGUAACAAUGUGCUAUAUAUUUCCACGCAAAAGCGGCGCGUAUGAGCGUCUUAAAUGAAACUACAUUUUUCGCAAAAUCGAAACAAAAUAAGUUUUGUACUUUAAUAAUACUUAGUUUAAAAUAAAUAAGUAAAUUGUAGUAAAUAAUUGGA